AUGGAUAAGUACUCUUGGGGUCAAACUUUGCAAGAGGCAAGUGUUGUUGUUCCUGUACCUUCUGGAACAAGGUCAAGUUUCAUUGUGUGUGAAUUUAAGAAGAACCAUCUUAAAGUUGGGCUCAAAGGUCAUCCACCAGUUAUUGACGGUGAACUCUUCCAGCCUAUUAAGGUAGAUGAUAGCUUCUGGACUUUGGAGGAUCAGAAAUCUGUCUCAAUCCUCCUUACCAAGCAGAACCAGAUGGACUGGUGGAAGUAUCUGGUGAAAGGUGAGCCAGAGAUUGAUAUCCAGAAAGUAGAACCUGAAACCAGCCAACUUUCAGAUGUGGACGCCGAAACACGUUCAACUGUGGAAAAGAUGAUGUUUGAUGAACGACAAAAAUCCAUGGGCCUUCCAACUAGUCAUGAAUUGAUGAAGCAAGAGAUAAUAAAAAAUAUAUUUGGCUGA